AAAUAAAUAAAUAAAUAAGUUUUUCUAGAAGUCCUUGCCUCAUAUACAUGUCACAAGCUCUCCAUUUUCUCAUUUCCCAAACACGCCAUUUCCUUUCGCAAGAAAAUUUUGAGACAGAAGAAAAUUGAGAGAGAGAGAUUCGCAUCGCUCAUCUGAAAAACUCUAUGUGAUGGGCGAUGAAAAAUCGUCGAUCGUGAUGGCCACUAGAGAGCGAGAUCGCGAGCUUCUCAUCCCUGUCUCCGAUUCCGUCAACGAUGGCGAUGCCUCCUCCAAGCCGUCCUCCUCCGCAUCGUCUUCCCACCAUCCCGGCAGAGAGACUUUUUACAAAGUUGUUAGGAGCUGGGCUUCAAAGAAGUUCAUGACUGGAUGUGUCAUCCUAUUUCCAAUAGCAAUCACUUUCUAUAUAACCUGGUGGUUUAUUCAUUUUGUGGAUGGCUUUUUCUCUCCAAUCUAUGCACAGCUUGGAAUUAAUAUUUUUGGUCUUGGGUUCAUAACUUCCAUUACCUUCAUUUUCUUGGUUGGAGUAUUUAUGUCAUCAUGGUUGGGUGCAUCCGUUCUGGGCCUGGGGGAGUGGUUUAUCAAACGGAUGCCUUUUGUUCGUCAUAUUUACAGUGCCUCGAAGCAAAUUAGUGCUGCCAUAUCACCGGAUCAGAACACACAGGCAUUCAAAGAAGUGGCCAUUAUAAGGCAUCCACGUAUUGGUGAAUAUGCAUUUGGGUUCAUCACUUCAUCUGUAGUCCUCCAGAGUUAUACCGGAGAGGAGGAGCUAUGCUGUGUCUAUGUUCCCACCAACCAUCUUUACAUUGGUGAUAUAUUCCUUGUUAACUGCAAGGAUGUAAUUAGACCAAACCUAUCAGUUCGGGAAGGAAUUGAAAUUGUCGUGUCCGGUGGCAUGUCAAUGCCCCAGAUCCUGUCGACAGUGGAUUCAAGGAUUACGACGGUGGAUAGAAGUAGGCCCGAAAGAGGAUGAGAAGAAAGAUAUAUUAGACUUUAGAUGAGUUGUUUAUUUCUAGCCUCUGGAUUUCAGGUAGUCAUCGGAAUGGCCACGAGAGCAAUUUGUGUUCUUAUUGCAGGAAUAUGAAGUUAGAUUGUUGUUUGUCUGAAGAUUGCAGUGUCAAUCUGGUGACAGAUGUAACAUUUAUUGCCAUGUAAAAUGUAGAAUUCAAUGUUUGUUCCCAAAUAUAGUUUGGUUUGUUA